ACCAUUCAAACUCAGAAAUGCUCCCCCUCCUUCCCACUCAGCUCCGUCACUCUCCUCCCCCUUUCUUUCUUCACCUCAAACCCAGACCCCUUCGCUUCAUCACUUCAUCUCCCCUGCAAAUCCCCAUUUUGUCCUCAUUCAACACCAUUAAUUCCACCAGACUCUCCUCUUUUCUUUCAUCAUCAUCCCAACACCUUAAUUCAUUCUCCAAAAUCAAACCCUACCUCCUAUCCGAACGCACCUCCAUCCUAUCCGGAUGGCUCUGCAGCCUCGUCUCGGUUCUCUCCCUCUCCCAAAUCGUCCCCAGAAUCGGAUCUUUCACGUCGGAUGUAAACAGCCAGACGAAUUUAGUCAAACUCCGCGCCGAUGGGUUCUUGUUGGGAAUCCUGGUUCUGGUCAGGAUCCUCGCCGGUUACUGGCAGCAGGCAUUCUUGUGGGAGGUGGCGCUCAAUGCGGGUUAUAAUAUCAGGCUGCACGUUUUUGGAAAGGUUUUGGAGAGAGAGAUUGGGUUCUUUGAAGGUCGAAGUGGGCUUUCUCCCGGCGAUAUUGCACAUCGGAUCACUGCUGAGGCAUCUCAUGUUUCUGACACUAUAUAUGCUCUUCUAAAUACCAUUGUGCCUGGUAUACUUCAGUUAUCAGCAAUAGCUUCACAAAUGUUGGUUAUCAGUCCUCUCCUCUCAUUGGUUUCAGCUAUGGUGAUUCCAUGUAUGGCUCUUCUUGUAGCAUAUCUCGGUGAAAGGCUACGUAAGAUAUCCAAGAAGGCACAUCUUUGCGUUGCUGAUCUCUCCUCCUACCUGAAUGAGGUCCUUCCAGCCAUUCUUUUGGUUAAAGCUAACAAUGUAGAGUUAUCUGAGAGUAAAAGGUUUGAAAGGCUUGCCCAUGCUGUCCUAUCUGAGCAACUGAAGAAGAAGAAAAUGAAGGCACUUAUCCCCCAGAUCAUACAAACAAUCUAUUUUGGAGCAUUGUUUAUAUUUUGUGCUGGAUCAUUGAUUUUAUCCGGUGGUUCUUUCAGUGCCUCUAGCAUGGUUUCCUUUGUGACAUCAUUGAUCUUUUUGAUUGAGCCAAUCCAGGAUAUUGGGAAAGCAUACAAUGAAUUGAAACAAGGGGAGCCAGCUAUUGAACGCUUGUUUGAUUUGACCAGGUCUAAAUUGAAGGUGGUUGAUAAUCCUUAUGCCACUGACUUGGAAAGUAUAAUAGGUGAGGUGAAAUUUUGUGAUAUUUCAUUUGGAUAUGGAGAGAAUAUGCCUCUAGUUUUGGAUGGGUUGAACCUCCAUAUCAAAGCUGGAGAGACAGUUUCUCUAGUUGGGCCAUCUGGGGGAGGAAAAACAACUCUUAUCAAAUUGUUUCUUCGCCUUUAUGAUCCUUUAUCUGGCUCUAUAUUUGUAGAUAACCACAAUAUCAGGGACAUCCGACUGGGAAGUUUGAGAAGGCAUGUUGGUUUGGUUUCACAGGAUAUAACACUUUUUUCAGGGACCGUUGCUGAGAACAUUGGGUACAGGGAUCUGAUGACAAAAGUUGACAUGGAAAAGGUUGAGCUUGCAGCACAAGCUGCAAAUGCUGAUGAAUUCAUUAGAACACUUCCAGAAGGGUAUGAAACUAAAGUUGGACCAAGGGGCUCAAGUUUAAGUGGAGGACAGAAGCAAAGACUCGCUAUUGCGAGGGCACUUUACCAGAAUUCCUCUAUAUUGAUUUUGGAUGAAGCAACUUCAGCACUGGAUAGCAAGUCUGAGUUACUGGUCAGGCAAGCUGUGGAGCGCUUGAUGGAAAAUCAUACUGUGCUGGUUAUUGCCCACCGUUUGGAAACAGUUCUAAUGGCGCAGCGAGUGUUGCUUUUGGAUAAAGGAAAACUGGUGGAAUUGACUCACACAAAGCUCUUGGACAGCUCCAAUGAUUUGCUUCUAUCAUCCGGCCUUGUGAUUUGAGAUCAUCGCAUAUCUUUCCAACCUUCACAAAGAACCGGAGAAGGAGGUACUUGUGCAUUUUCUAUUUCUUAUCUGGUAACCUGCCCAUAUUAUCUUCAGCUAACCCCAAAGUUUGUCCUGCAUCAAUGACACUUUCGAGGACAAUGGAGAAGUCUGAUGCAUUGGCAUCGAUUCUGAGAGGAAAUCAUUUUUAUCUAACAGAUACACACUGGUGUAGAAUCACAUUUUCAUUAAUUACCAAUAUAAGCCGAACUUACAUUAUUGUAUAUCAAAGAAUAAGAUAAAUGGCAGGAUUUUGAGGAGUCCUUAUA